AUGUCUUCUGGUUCCCACACAGCCAUCAUACAGGAAUCUAUAAAACAUGGACUUACAUCAGUUGGUGCUGGUGUCGCGGACGGACACGGAGCCCCCAGCCCGGCCCGCAGCCGCCUUGUCAUGCUGCCCAAAGUGGAGACGGAGGCCCUGGGACUCGCCCGGUCGAAUGGGGAACAGGGGCAGAUGCCGGAAAACAUGCAAGUGUCUCAGUUUAAAAUGGUGAAUUACUCUUAUGAUGAAGACCUGGAGGAACUGUGUCCAGUCUGUGGAGAUAAGGUGUCUGGGUACCAUUAUGGACUUCUCACUUGUGAAAGCUGCAAGGGAUUCUUUAAGCGAACAGUCCAGAAUAACAAAAGGUACACAUGUAUAGAAAAUCAGAAUUGCCAGAUUGACAAAACACAGAGAAAACGAUGCCCUUACUGUCGAUUUCAAAAAUGUCUAAGUGUUGGAAUGAAAUUGGAAGCUGUGCGAGCUGACCGAAUGCGUGGUGGCCGAAACAAGUUUGGGCCAAUGUACAAGAGAGACAGGGCAUUGAAGCAGCAGAAGAAAGCUCUUAUCAGAGCAAAUGGACUUAAACUGGAAGCCAUGACUCAGGUGAUCCAAGCAAUGCCGACUGAUCUGACAAUAUCUUCUGCAAUCCAGAACAUCCAUUCUGCCUCCAAAGGCCUACCUCUGAACCAUACUGCCUUGCCUCCUACAGACUAUGACAGAAGUCCCUUUGUAACUUCUCCAAUUAGUAUGACAAUGCCACCCCAUGGCAGUUUGCAAGGUUACCAAACCUAUGGCCAUUUUCCAAGCCGUGCUAUCAAGUCUGAGUACCCUGACCCUUACACUAGUUCACCAGAAUCAAUAAUGGGCUACUCAUACAUGGAUAGUUAUCAAACAAGCUCACCAGCAAGUAUUCCACAUCUGAUAUUGGAACUCCUGAAAUGUGAGCCAGAUGAGCCGCAAGUCCAAGCUAAGAUCAUGGCAUAUCUGCAGCAAGAGCAAGCAAACAGAAGCAAACAUGAGAAGCUCAACACAUUUGGGCUUAUGUGUAAAAUGGCUGACCAAACCCUCUUCUCCAUUGUUGAAUGGGCUAGGAGUAGCAUCUUUUUUAGAGAACUUAAGGUUGAUGACCAAAUGAAGUUGCUUCAGAACUGCUGGAGUGAGCUCUUAAUUCUAGAUCACAUUUACCGGCAAGUGGUACAUGGGAAAGAAGGCUCCAUCCUUCUGGUUACUGGGCAACAAGUGGAUUAUUCCAUAAUAGCAUCCCAAGCUGGAGCCACCCUCAACAAUCUUAUGAGCCAUGCACAAGAACUAGUAGCAAAGCUUCGUUCCCUGCAGUUUGAUCUACGAGAAUUUGUAUGCCUCAAAUUCCUGGUGCUGUUUAGUUUAGAUGUCAAAAAUCUUGAGAACUUCCAGCUUGUGGAAGGUGUUCAGGAACAAGUGAAUGCUGCUCUGCUGGACUACACAAUGUGUAAUUACCCACAGCAAACAGACAAAUUUGGGCAGCUUCUCCUGCGACUACCAGAAAUCCGGGCCAUCAGUAUGCAGGCUGAAGAAUACCUCUAUUACAAACACCUGAACGGGGAUGUGCCAUGUAAUAACCUUCUCAUUGAAAUGCUGCAUGCAAAGAGAGCAUAAAUUAUACCCAUUAGAGCUUCUGCUUUCAAGGAAAAAAAAAAUAUUCUGAACUGCUCCAAGCAACACUAAUUAAAAUGUGGUUUUAAGACUUUGCAAAAUGGUAUAAUAAUCAAAUACUAAUAGUAAAUAACUGAUGUAUCAGGGUAUUUGUAUUGCAAACUGUGAAUCAUAUGCUACACAUCCCCAAAGGAAUCUAUAUAGGACUUUAUACUGGAGUGAAGUGAGUUUACCCAGUGGAUACUAUCACCAAUGUCACCAUGAAAGAGGACAGAAUUAUUCUUGUAUAUUUAACUCUGCUGAUUGCGAAUAUGAAGAAACUUGGGAGAAAAAACCUGAUCCGUAUUAUCAAGCUAAGACAGUGAGGAAUUUGAGUGCGCUAAAUUCCUUCACUGCAUAGCAGGACUUCAAAACCAGUUCUAAUAGAUGCAAAACUGCAUCUAUAGCAUCUUCUGUCAUCCUUAC